AUGCGGGUUUAUGCUCUUUUGACCCUCAUUGUUAUAGUUAUGGCAGAGGUGCCGAUUUACCCCGAAAAGAUAGUGGGUGGUUCUGUGACCACCAUUGACCAGUACCCUGCUAUCGUUUCUUGUCUAUAUUCAAACGACUUGGUCAAUUAUACCCAAUACUGUGCUGGUACUAUCCUCAACAGAAGGUCCGUUCUAACUGCUGCUCAUUGUACUUUUGGUGAUCCCGCUAAUAAGUGGCGUAUCCGUGUGGGUUCGAGUUUUGCCAAUAGCGGUGGUCUUGUCCACAAUGUUGAGCAAAUUAUCCAACAUCCUAUGUUCAAUGUUGCAGCUCAUUGUGACUAUGACUUUGCUAUCUUGCGCUCCGCCACUUUUAUUACGUUCAACAAAAACGCGAGGCCUGUUGCCAUAGCUGGCGAUAUUUACGAAAUUCCCGAUCACCAGCCUGUUUGGGCCGCUGGAUUUGGUCUGACUUCUGAGAAAGGUCCUGCCUCCGAGAUACUGCGCCACGUCCAGGUAUUUACAGUCAACCACGAUGCUUGUAAAGGCCCUUACAAAAGUGUAGGAAUAACUAUAACUGAGAACAUGUUGUGCUCUGGUGUGUUCAACGCUGGUGGUCGUGACCAGUGCACGCAAGACUCCGGAGGUCCUCUCUUCCACAAUGGCGUCCUUGUUGGUGUCUGCUCCUUUGGUUUUGGAUGUGCUAGACCACAGUUCCCUGGUGUCAACGCUCGGGUGUCACGUGCAUCCGCAUGGAUUAGAAAAAACGCGUAA